AUGGGGAGGGCAAUUACAACAGAUUUUUGAAAGUUUCGGCAUAUCAAGCCUAGAACAAAUGUUUUUAAGCCUAAGCAUGUUAAAUCAAAAGAUAUAUUGGUCACAAAAUAUAAAAAAACUCAAAAAGUGCAGAAAAAGAAAAAUGCAUGCAAAAAAAGCCUUAGUUCUACUAAAUCAAUGCUAUUGAAAUCUAUAAAACAAAAUGACAAUCAAUGCCUCCAGGUCGAAGGGAAAUUAAUAUAUGCUGAUGCUAAUGGAGCCAUAAAGAUAGACCUUAACUUAACAAACACAAUACAUAAAGAAGAAUUAUUUAUAGAUGAAGAAAUCACAUUAUGUGCUAUGCCAGAUCGAAAAUACUUCUGUAUUAAUUUUUGAAAGGGGCAAGCUUUUAUCAUAGACAAAAAUUUAUGUAUUUCUGAAAUCAAAGAUAUAAAACCAAGAAAAUUUUGUAUAAUUGCUUAUCUUGAUGGACUUAUUUACGCUUUUAGGAAAUCAAAAGCUAUAGAUGUAUAUGAUUUUAAUAGAAAUAGAUGAAAAAAAGCUGCAAAUAUUACAUUGCGCUCAAAACACAAUAUUACUUCUUGCAUUUCUUUUGAAGAAAAAAUUAUUAUUGCGCACUAUUGAGCAGGCAAUUUAAGAGCUUUUGAUCCUUUUAGUAAUAGUAUUUCAAAAAUAUUGAAAGUUAAACCCAGAACUGGAAUAGUUCUUUUUGUUGCAGAAAAUAAAUUAUACUGCAUUCAAACGGGAAACUGAGUAUUUGAGAGUUUAAUAAAGGAUUGCUUUCAAUGAAAUUGCAUAGGAAAAAACAGUAUCGCAGCACAAUUCUAUGGUUUUUCGCAUUUCUCUUUAUAUAAUGGAUCUAUAUAUUUUGUAGGUCUACUUCACGAUGUGUAUUUGUUUCGGUUUAAUAUUAAAACUCGAAAUAUUACCUUUAUUGAUAAAUUAGCCAAUUAA